AUGUGCCAUCGAUCAUUUGCCAGGGCAGAGAGAGAGAAACUAAUGCAAUGGAGCGGGAGUGGCUUAUGCUAUGUCGAGGCCGGAAAUCGAUGUCCAAGCGUGAUUGGAUAUGUACUUCCAUUACAAUCUAAUCAUGGCAGGUAUCUAAAUAUUCUUACCAACUUCACAAUCCCCUGUUCCGGGUUCAUCAUUGGCUGGGAGUACCAACUUGUAUCAAAUAGUGAGCCAUUCUGGAUAGCCGUGUUAACACCAUUGGGGGACAAGUUAUUUACGGUCCGGCAUAUUGUAGAGAUGCCACCAAUACAAGUCGGCUUCAAUCGAAUAGAAAGUCAGGGGCUGGAGGUGGACCGUGGUGAUAUCUUGUCUGUUAUAUUCUCUGACAAAACCCAAAAAGGUGGAAUAGCAAACGAGCAAAGUAAAGUCAAAUCACCUAUACUGAAACCAGACCAGUACUAUGAUGUCUUGGCAACUGGUCGUCACUAUUUUGUUGAAAAUACUAAUGUUAAUGACGUUCUAGAUAUGAACCGAGAUGGCGUUGUAACGUUGACAAGAGGGUAUGCAUUCAGGCCUCUACUUUCAUACGAUAUACCUCCAAAAAGAUCGUUUACUGUCGUAAAGGUGGCGGAAGACUCGACUGUUAUUGAUCACGUUAUUAGAAAAUUUGCUGUUAGAAGUAACAAAGAGUGCUCUGUGUUGUGUCUAGAAGAGUGGCGUUGUCUCUCCUACAGCUACAUAAAACUGGCAAAGGAAUGUGUACUGCACGAUGUCGACGAUAAGGAUGACUCUGUGAUUCAAAUAGAGCAAGGAACCGAUUUAUAUUACAUCACAUCUUGAUGGUUUGACCAAGUGAUAUGCUUCUAGCGACAACAACAAAAAUGAGCUCUGUUCUAUCCCUACAUAUACUCACGAAUAGAGCUGUUAAUUUAUUUAUACAAGGCUACUAUACAUUGAAUUGAUCGGCCCGAAUUUGUUCAUUAGUUGAGACUAAGUCAAGUCUUUUUUACUUCUGAAUUAGAGUUGCAUCUUUACAGGAAACUAUUUUUGUAUAUCAGACUUUUACCUCAUAUUUUACAGCAGCGUGUAUCUUGUAACUUCACGAAAAAUAUGAUUUACUCCUAUGCAAAAUUA